GUUCCCCACUUUUCUCUCUCCUCCCCCCAGCUCUCCCAGCACAUGAAGCUGAAGCUGCAGUUCACGGCGAGUGUCUCGAACCCGCCUCCUGACGCCCGGCCCAUCUCGCGCAGGAGCAGCCCCGGCAGCCCAGCUGUGCGGGACCUGGUGGAGCGGCACCAGGCCGGGCUGGGCCGGUCCCAGUCCUUCUCCCACCAGCAGCCGUCCCGCAGCCACCUCAUGAGGUCAGGCAGCGUCAUGGAGCGCCGUGCCAUCACCCCGCCCGUGGGCUCCCCCGUGGGCCGCCCCCUCUACCUGCCCCCCGAGAAGAGCGUCCUGUCACUGGACAAGAUCGCCAAGCGGGAGUGCAAGGUGCUGGUGGUGGAGCCCAUCAAGUGAAGA